AUGCGACAAGUAAAGAGGGAUGGAAUUCUUACAAAAAAUGAAUUAAUAACAGUGGAAGAAAUAAAAAAGCCAUUCAAAAACAAAACCGGAGGCAAAUUUAAUGGUAAACCAAAAGUAUUCCUCAUUCAAGCUUGUCGUGAAACAGAAGAGCAGGAAAAAGUGGUUGUGUCUGAUUGUUUUGAAACUGAAAUCCAUACUGGACAUGUUGAAGGGUAUGAUGAAUUUCCUGGAACAUGUGGAAACAGGCAAAGAAGAAAUUCUGUUGAAAUGUCUGUGUUUCAACCAGGAUUUGUAGGUAAGCCAUCUGGCUUAUCAGAAGUGUUAUCUACUGAUGCUCAUAGUUAUUAUUCUGAACAUGUUCCAACAGAUGCUGACAUUAUUGUAGCAUAUGCAACAACACCAGGAUAUAUAUCAAUUCGAAAUAUACAUGAAGGAGCAUUUUUCAUAAGAGCUUUCUUGUCUGUUGCCAAGAAUAAAUACAAUGAGGAACAUAUCGAGGAGAUAUUAAGAAAUGUGAGAAAUGAAUUAGCUACGAAUCCAGAAUAUGCACCACAAUCUGGAAGCUUGGCAGGAAAAUGUCAGAUGGGAAUGUUGGAGACUACAUCUACGAAGAAAUUUUUCUUGUAAUGACAGUUCAAUUAAACUUAUUUGGGAGGAAAAUUGUUAUCAAACCAUUUAUAUCAUAAAUUAAGUAUAUUUUUCAAAGUUCAAGGAUUCAUGCAACUAAAUCCUCAUUUUUUUAUGAAUAAAUGGAACCUUUUUGUUUAUUCAUGAAACAUUGAAAAUAGCGUCUCAACUUUAUUCUAUGUCAACUAAAAUAAACGCCAGUCUGUUUGAUUAUAAUCUAUGUUGAUCAGCUUGUCAUUUAGAUACCUGGUUAAGUUAGCAUUGUGACAGGGGAGAGAUAUAACUAUAAAGUCUGAAAUCGGAAGCAGUUCAAAAUGUUCAGAGUUGUUUGUAUAAUUAGAGAAAGAUAAUACGGACUAGUAAUAUUAAUAACGUAUGCAUGUCUGUUUUGACAAAUGUGGCACCAAUUAUUGUUUAUUAUGCAAGACAUGUAAUUGGCCAUGAUGUGGGGUGCUGUGAAGAUCCUACCGAUUACUUGAUUGAUUGAUUGAUUGAUUGAUUGACUGAUAAAUUGAGUGCUGUGUAACGCCACUUUCAACACUAAUGUGCUACCUUGAGGAGGUCAGGUUUUGUUGGUGGAGGUAGGUGAAGUGCCUGGAGAGAACCACGACAUUAGGUAGGAAAACUGACAAUCUUAGUCAAUUAAGAUUAUAAUCAAAUGCACAUGCCCCGUACGGGAUUUAAAGUCACGGAUAACCUGAACUUGAAAACUUUUGUUGCAUUGUGGUAAAUUUGUGACUACAUUAAUAUUGAGACAGAUUAAAUUUCAUUCAAUUGAAAUUGUCUGUUCUACAAUUUUAGUUGUAGCUGUGAUGUUGAGAGAAACUUCCACAUGUAUAUAUGUUAUACUGUUUAUUUCAAUGUUUUAGAUGGUAAAACAAACAAUUGUUCUCGAUACGAAGUGGGAGGUCCAGUUUUAUUUUCUUUCCUUUCGCCAUUAGUGGUGUUAUUAUGAAAAACUUUUGUGAGCGAUAGUUCAUCUAAUAUACCUUUGUUUUGUUCUGCAUUAUAUGUCCUUUUGUUCGUCCGUCCGUUUGUUCGUUCAUCUGUCCCGCUUCAGGUUAAAGCUUUUAAUCAAGGUAGUUUUUUAUGAAGUUGAAGUCCAAUCAAAUUGAAACUUAGUACACAUGUUUCCUAUGAUAUGAUCUUUCUAAUUUUAAUGCCAAAUAAGAGUUUUGACCCCAAUUUCACAGUCCACUGAACAUGGAAAAUGAUAGUGCAGGUAGGGGGAUUCCUGUACUUUGGACACAUUCUUGUUUUAAAAUCUUUUUUUUAUAUACAGUGUUCAUCUUUAAAGAAUUGAUCAUUAUUGUUGAUACAUGUUUUUGGUUUGUAUAGAAUUUUUUCAUUAACAAAUGAAUGAGACGUUCAGAUCAUAGCACACUCAUUGUACAUAUCAUUGAGAUAUUUUAGCACUAUCAUUGUACAUAACAAUUGAAAUAUUUUAGCACUAUCAUUGUUCAGAUAGUUUACAGAUUUUAGCACUAUCAUUGUUCAGAUAGUUUACAGAUUUUAGCACUAUCAUUGUUCAGAUAGUUUCAGAUUUUAGCACUAUCUUUAUUCAGAUAGUUUACAGAUUUUUCACUUUCAUUAAGAAUUUACAAGUUUGUAUGAUCAUUAUGUAGUAGAGAAUUGAUAAGAAGUAGUGGAUUCGUAAACGAUAACAUGCAAGCUGUUCAUAGCCGUGAUCGUCUAGUCUAGUCUAGUAGUUGGUACCGAAAGAACAUAAAACUACCAACAGUGCUGAGUUCAAGGCUAGUACCCGGGAUGAUAUUUUUUGUAAUGUUUUUCUCUACUCACAUAUUGUUUUAAUCUUAAAGGUAUCUAUAUUUCAUUUUUACUAUAAAGUUGACGAGUUUGUUUUUGGUUUCACCGUCAAAGAAGUAUUUUUGCAGUUGUAGCUUAUCACACUUUAUUCAUAUGAGUGUCAAUUGAAUGUUGAUGUAUAUUUGGACCAUGUAUAAUCAAUCAAAGAAAAACUAAGUGACCAUAGUUUGAUAUCAUAAUAAUCAUAAAACUUAAAGUAAGCAUUUGCUAUGAUGAAAAGGGAAAGGCCUUGUAUUUUAAAAGUGAUAAGUGUAACUUGUACAUGGAUGUUUAGGAAUUGUACUAAUAAGUAAUAUUCAUAAUUCAUUGAUUUAUAGUGUUUAUAUAUUUUAUUAGAUAACAAAACGACAGAAAUACAGUGUAUUGACAUGCAUUGACAGAUAUACGCUAUAAGAGUGAUAUUUAAUUAAUAAUUUAUAUCAUCACUCGUGGUCUAGUGGUAUCAUGCAUGAACUACAGACUUUACUGUCGUAAAUACGCGUCAGUUCGAACCUUUCAUUU